AUGAACUUCCAUACGCGACAGCCUUUGCAUAUCGACGUCUGGGGCUGCGACCUCUUCUUAUUAGAACAAUGGGACGCCGACUCCACGCAACCUCCGGACAAGCAGACGGCGCAGAUUUUUUCUCGCUUUCUCCAGUUGCCCCUUUCUGAACGACUAGUAAGGCAUCCCAUCCAUGAUCCAUCUCUCCUAUGCCUGGAUCUUUCACAGGCCGAGCAAGACAUUCUGGCGCUCACCCGGCCGUACAACGAACGCAAGCCGAACGGCGACGUCUGGCUGCGGACCUACUAUGGGCCUGGCAGCGACGAGGCGUUUACGGCCAUCCUGGCUUCUGUUGACGCCCCUGACUGCCCGCUCUCGGAUGCCGCGCGAUACGAUUACGGCGACGAUUGGCAGCGGAUGAUGUUGAGGGCCCGGUACAACUACUAUCACCUCACGCGCAAGGUGGGCGUCAUUUACGUCCUGAACGACCUGACGCUGGGUCCGGCGCAAGGGUCAGGAGAUGGAGAUGUCAGACCCGAGGACAGGCAGCUGCUCGUGGAACGAUACGACGCCGACAGCAGAACUGUGCGGUGGCGCCGCAUGGGUGCAGAGGAAGCCUGCGAGCAUGCGGGAUUAAUCAACUCGGCGUCCAUUGACGACCAUCCCGUUUGUACGACAGCCGAGAUUGGAGAUGACUACUAUAGGGAUAGUGAGGAGGAGGAUGAGGGCGAAGAUGGGGACGAGGAUUGGGACGGGGGUCACGAGGAUUGUGUCCAUCAUCCUCUUAUAUUCCCGGGCCUCGUCCAUCAGUGA